CCAGCCGCCCGCCAGGCCGCUAGGCCCCCAGGCCCCGCGCCCGCCGCCCAGGCCCGGCCCGCUCCUCGCAGGCCGCCCGCCGCCCGCGCCGCCAUGGGGGUAGAGGGCUGCACCAAGUGCAUCAAGUACCUGCUCUUCGUCUUCAAUUUCGUCUUCUGGCUGGCUGGAGGCGUGAUCCUGGGCGUGGCCCUGUGGCUCCGCCACGACCCCCAGACUACCAGCCUCCUCUACCUGGAGCUCGGAGACAAGCCCGCACCCAAUACCUUCUAUGUGGGCAUCUACAUCCUCAUCGCCGUGGGUGCUGUGAUGAUGUUUGUGGGGUUCCUGGGCUGCUACGGGGCCAUCCAGGAGUCACAGUGCUUGCUGGGGACGUUCUUCACCUGCCUCGUGAUCCUCUUUGCCUGUGAGGUGGCCGCCGGCAUCUGGGGUUUCGUCAACAAGGACCAGAUCGCCAAGGACGUGAAGCAGUUCUACGACCAGGCCUUGCAGCAGGCCAUAGUGGACGACGACGCCAACAACGCCAAGGCUGUGGUGAAGACUUUCCACGAGACGCUCAACUGCUGCGGCUCCAACACGCUGACCACGCUGACCACCUCCGUGCUCAAGAACAGCCUGUGCCCCUCGGGUGGCAGCAUCAUCAGCAACUUGAUGAAGGAGGACUGCCACAGCAAGAUUGACGAGCUCUUCUCGGGGAAGCUGUACCUCAUUGGCAUCGCAGCCAUUGUGGUCGCUGUGAUCAUGAUCUUCGAGAUGAUCCUGAGCAUGGUCCUGUGCUGUGGCAUCCGGAACAGCUCGGUGUACUGAGGCCCCGGCCACCGAGGCCGGGGUGGGGGCUGCCGCCCCCCUGUGGCGCCCCCAGAGUGACCGGAUACUUCUGAGAAGGGCGGUCAGCACCCGUGUACAUAACUUCCUGACAUCGCCGCUACACUGAUCAGCCUUUACUUUUGAGGUCCUGUUCCUGUCCUCAAGUUCCCUGUUACUUUUGGGGCCGACGUCACCCGUAGGUGGCAUGUGAGUGGGCCGUGGGGACUCUAGGGCAGGGGCCCCCUCUGCUUCCAGGGCUGCUUGGGGCCUCUGCCUGCUCAGCCAGGCCUCUCCUGGGGGCCACGAGGGCCCUGCGGCCCAGCUGCGUCCUCCCGCCCAGCCGACCCCGUGGGCUGCGCGCUCGCCCAGCCCUUUUUAAUCCUUGUUUCCUUCCGGCCACCUGUCUUGAGAGCCGGGUCUCCGAGCAGCCUUACGCCUCUGAUGCACCUCUCCUUUCUAACGCGUCACUUUCGACUGUAAUUACAUCCUCAAAGUCAUUCAAUAAAGAAAGAAGAAACAGGCAUGCUAA